CUGAAAAGCAGCAGUGAGCUCUGGGAGCAAUGUUUGGCCUUAAAAGUGGGAAUAUGAGGGAUUUAUUGCUUCUUCUCGGCUCCGACUGAUUUAUUUUUAUUCGUCGAGCAUUUUCUGUCGGUUAUUCAGCAGAUGAGGAGACCUUCUACAUUAAAGAUGACCAACAUGCAGCAUUUGAAGAGAUGUCAAACAUCUAAUUUGAUAUAUUGGACUGCCUGCAAUCAUCACCAAGAUGCUUUUUCCACUGAGGACAACAAACGACAUGUUUCUGACCACAGAUGCCAACUGGAGUGAAAUAUACCUAAAAAAAAUAGAGUAUUAAAGGACAAACCCAUCAGUUUCUGACUAUGUGAAUGGAUAAGUGAUGCCUGUCUACUUUCAGACUCUUGCACAUGCGUUUAGUUUUCCUUAUAGACAAUUAAGAGGAGAAUAGAGGAGACUGUGAAGAUUGUGGGUUAGCAGGAUCAACCUGGUGAAGAUGCUGCAGACUGGUAACUACUCACUGGUGCUGCUGAUCCAGCUCACACUACUUGCCUAUGACCUCUUUGUGAACUCCUUCAGUGAACUCCUCAGAGGAGCGCCGGUCAUCCAGCUCGUGCUUUUCAUCAUCCAGGACAUCGCCAUCUUGUUCAACGUGAUCAUCAUCCUGCUGAUGAUGUUCAACACCUACGUGUUCCAGGUCGGCCUGGUGUCGCUGCUGCUGGAGCGCUUCAGAGCUCUGCUGAUGUUCUCGGCUCUUUACCUGACGCUCAGCAUCUGCUUCCACUGCUGGGUGUUGAACCUUAGAUGGCUUGCGUCAAACUAUUUUGUGUGGACAGACGGUCUUCAAGCGCUCUUUGUUUUCCAGAGAACAGCGGCAGUGUUGUAUUACUACUUCUACAAGCGCACAGCAGAGUAUAUGGGGGACCCGAGGCUCUAUGAGGACUCUCUGUGGUUGCGUGAUGCCUUUGCCAGAGCUCGUCAGUGAAGGACGAGCAGCUUUGAUAGACUUGAAUGGAGCUAGUAAGAAAAGAUCAUUCUGAAAUGACAACACUGGGCUCCACCUGCAGCUACUUGCGAUACUAUUAAGCACCUAGAUUAAAACAAAGGUUUAGAGGUAUCGAACACCCAUGGAACUUAAUAACAGGUAGAGUGGAUGAAGCAAAGUCUCAAACCACAGUUUGUGUUUACUGACUCUUAAGGAGCCAAGUAGGCAGCUGGUUAAAAGGUUUACAGUAGCAGGUAAGCCAACCAUGGAACACAUAGUAUUGUAUUAAUCAGGAUUGAGUCCGUUAAUCUAUGUGGCCUUUGUAAAUCAAUUUGAGUACACCUUUAAUGAAUGUCAGAAGUUCAGUGAAGAUGCAGGUAUUCUCCCACUGCAUGUUUAUUUUGUUUAUUGUGUAUUUUCAUGUACAUUCAUUUGUAGGACAUGUAGUAAUAUUUCUAUUGGGAAAAAAGUCUUAUUUCCCCACUUUUGCCUUACGUAAGGCUCAUGUGUUUUUACAUGAUUGUAAGUUUAAUAAGCCAAUAUUGAUUUUGAUGUGAAUCCCGUUGUCCCGUCAGUGGGGAUCUUUGAAUCGUGUUCCCUGCUGUUUUUAUUAAAAACUCCUUCUCUAAUCCUGGUGUAAUCCUUCAUCGCUAUUGCAGUCGGUAUUAUCCUCGAGACAAGGUGAAACUGACUGCUCUAUUUUUAACAAAAAGAUUAAUGGAGGGAUUGAGGUUUUAGAAACCACUUGUACAACAAACCAUAAAUAGCCUCCUGGGUGUCUGAAAUAAUCUGCUAUUCUGGAGUGCGCUACGGGU